AUGUUGCCCUCAUCCAUAGGGGCUUCCGCCCCUCUGAGCCCUCUAGCUCAAGCUACAUUGAAUAAACACCUACCAAAGUUUUCGAGUAAACGUUUAGCACAGUAUCAUCCGAAUACAAAGACCCAAGUGCAAACAGCUGAUGCUGCAUGUCUAACAGAUUUAUGUAGCAACGACUGUAUACCAGAGGUGGAAAUAUUUUCAUUACUAGAGGAACAGAUACCCAAAUAUAAAGUUCGUUCAGAUUUUCUGACAGAUUUUGCAGGGUAUUCAAAUCAGGAUUGGUAUGUCCCAGCUCCAGCACUUCAAAUUCCAACUGAGGGCCUCGGGUUAUCUAAAGAGCAAACACGUGAGACACUCAAUUAUUUCCUUUUAUGUGGUAAUCGAGUAAGUCAAAUGACACGAGCAUACGAUGAUAUUGAGGCCGUCACACGCCUUCUCGAGGAAAAGGAGAAGGAUUUGGAGUUGACGGUGCAAAUAGGCAAAGAAUUGUUAACACAGAAUAAUGCAUUAGAAACUAGGAUAGCCGAUUUAGAAGCUGAACUAAAAUCCGCUAACGAGGACCGCUCCCAAUUACUACACGAAUUACACAAGAAAAAUGAACUAAUUUCGGUAUUAACAAAUGACUGUGAGGAUUCUAGCGAUAAUGAUACUCCAACUUUCUCCAAGUCCAUCACGUUGGAUUUAUUACAAAAGAAAAUUGCAUCGCUACAGGAUGAGAACAAAUCUCUAAAGAUUGAAGCGUCUCAGUUGGCCUGUCAGACAGAUGAAGUUGAGGAACAGGAACGGAAGCUUAUGAAUGAUAUUGCAUCGCAAUUAAACGAUGCCAAUCAGCAAUUUGAAGGACUUAAUUUAGAACUGGAAAGACAACGAGAGGAAAACCGCCUGCAGCAUGAACAAAUAGUGAGUUUAACAUCACGCUUAGCAGAAGCUGAAAUGAAACUUCAUCAGCUGACUCAUGACAAUGAUGAGCAUAUUACCCUUCUGAGCAUUACAAAGGAGAACCAAAAUAGUCUGGCAUUGGAAUUGGUCGAAUUCAAGCAGAGGUAUCAAGAGGUAUUAGCUCUUUUGCAAGAGGCACAAGAACAGUUACGAAAACAACGAAAGAAAACUAUGCCUCAGGCUCGUAGCUCAUUUAUGUCAACAAUUCUGCAGCCAGAUUCCUUACAGUCUGAGUUGAUGGAAUCGUCUCUGUACUCAGAAAAUAGUAUUGAUUCUGGAAUAUCGGGUGAUAAUCAACGCAUUAAUGAUCGAAUUGGUCGGUUGAUAUCAAAUCUACCAAACACAUCAUGUGGUAUCGGAUACAAUAGUACAAUGAGCUCGGUAUAUGGGGGAGCAGGCUUGAUGCAGCCAUACAAAAGAGUAUUUGAUACUGUUCGUUGUGCAACCAAGUGCGGAAACUUUGCUGAUAUGGAAAGUCCUAUCACACACCUUGGGGCGAUGUCUAUGAGUUCAGCAUCGGGCCCACGCAUGUCAACAAUGGCUACUGGAAGUGCAGUAACGUCAUCCAGUAGCACUUUCUGCGGUGAUAAUAGCGGUUUGGGUGACAAGACAAUGUCCUGUGAAAGUCUGGCAUCUCAGUCUGACGAUGGUUAUCCUUCGCAACCAUCCGGGGUUCCUGGAGCACCGGGUGCUAAGGAACUUGAGGCUGCAUUAAAGAGACUUACUCCAGCAGAAGUACUUGCCCGUAGAGCCAUGCUUUCUUAUGCACCAGCUGGUACCUAUACAUAUGACGAUGUACAAACAACAAAUGCACUCCCAAUGGGUCUGCGUACACCAGAUAGCAUUAUGUCGACCGGAUCAUCUGGUAUAUCUUCAUCAACGAAUAUGUCAUCCUCUGUACAUCAAUGGCGGUUGCCAGAAAAGCUGCAAAUUGUUAAGCCUAUUGAAGGUUCUCAGACUUUGCAUCAUUGGUCACAGUUGGCUACUCCUACUCUAAGUGGUCUUUUGGAAGAAAGGCCAGGUGUAACAAUACGCGGGGGACGAGGCCUUGAUGAUUUAGGAAUGCAGGUAUACACAUUAUCCGAUGUCGAAGAAGACAUCAAUGAUGAGCUACCUGGCAAACAAUAUGAAGCAUCUGGAUGUACCUAUACAUACACGACCAGUAUGGUAAUGCAUCCCGACGAUGGUAUUUCGACGGAUCUUUCCUUUUUGUCCCAGUCUCAAGUAUCUUCAAGAACUGCCUCAGCAUCAACGUCGCGACAACCAAGUUGUCCUCCCACACCACGAGCUGGUCUUUCGCGCAAAAAUUCCUGUUCGACAUUUUCCGUAAAUUUAGGCUUAGCAUCAAUGUUGAAUGAACGAGGAAUCAAAGCUGUAACGCCAAGCGCCUUAAAUACGCCCGCAGGUCCAAACUUUUCACCAACGGUUACACCCUGCAACAGUCCUGAGGGUUCUCCAACACGAUCUAUGUCUCCAGAACCGCUAUUUGGGCUGCUUUCAUCUGGAGCUGAAUUGAUUCGACGCAAACUUGUGGGAGGGGAUAUUGAAAGACCUAACCGAAAUCAACAACAAAAACAACAAAAAAUUAUGUUAACGAGGCUCGAAAGACGAGCGUUGAGGUCAUUGCGCCUUGUGGAAAAAGUAGAAAGCAUUGGUUUAGAAAAUAUUAUAACUACACAUCCCAAUACAAUGUCACAAUUGGCUAGUGGAAUCGCGAAUAGAAGUGCAAGUCCAAUGGCUCAAUUAACGAGCCUCAAAAAUAUUCAUACAAAUUCAAAUAGUAUAGUAAGUGACUUACAUUUCAACAGAGACCACAUAAAAGAUGUACUCCACAAAGGUCUUAAUCCACAAAGCAAUCUUCCAUCAUCAUCAAAUUUGCAAGAGACGGCUACAAUUUCUAAACCGUUGAAUUCUGAAUACACUAAUUACAGUCGCGAGCGAAAAACACAAGCAAAAGUUGAAGUGGAUGCACAAAAACCGGAUGUCGUAAGUUCGACUUCUGAUAUUGAGAGUUCCAACAUUCGUGUUAAACAAAUGCAGAGACAAAAGUCUAGACGUAAUCUUAAAAAUGGCCAAAGACCCGAUUUGGGCACUAUUGGUGGUCGAAUGCGUACUGAUUUGGGAUAUGUGUCACCAAAGCAACCAGAUCCAUCUAGCAGCGGCCUUCAAAACACUUCAUCCAGUUCGAAAAAGAAUCCCACUACAGAGAAGCCAGAAACCAAAGAAGCUCAGCAAAGUAUUGCACAAUCUUUUGUUGGAACCGUGAGUUCCUUGUUAUUUGGUCGAAAGGGUGGUUGGCUAUAAAUGACUAAAUCAUAA